CCACUGGUGUUUAUAGCUGUAUAUAUAUAUUGAUCUCUGAGAUAAGUGUCGCGGCGCGUGUAAAAUCCCACAGUCCCACUUAGUGCGUGUGAGUCAAUUGCACCAUCGCGUUUGUCGGGCGCGAGUGUGAGAGUAGAGCUACUAGAGCUGCAGUGCUGGGCGCUGUGCUGAACGGACGCCAUCCGAGGAUGCUGCUCGUGCCUCCGGACGACUCCGACUCCAUCCUCGCCUUUGUCUCAGUGGACGAUUGAGAGCUCGAAAAAAAGCAUCGCAGAGGGAGAGAGAGAAAGGCUCGCAAGGACGAAAGGAAGAAAAAAGCAUAUCCUACCACGUUAGAUAGAAAAGGCGUACAAGACAAUGGAGACCAGCUCGGACACGGCCCUCACCAGGUCGGAUGACGACCCCGCGCUCCGGAGUUUCUUCAGCCCAAACAAAGCCACCUUCAGAUUUAUGGGCCUGGGGUUCAUGUGCUUCCUGGGGUUUGGUGCAUAUUUUUGCUACGAUAAUCCAGCAGCCCUACAAGAUAAUUUUAAAACAGAUUUACACAUGUCAACUUCAAAAUUCGUAAUAUUAUACUCUGUGUACUCCUGGCCAAAUGUGUUGAUGUGCUUUGUGGGAGGUUUCCUUUUAGAUAGGGUAUUUGGUAUAAGAUGGGGAACAAUUAUAUACAUGGGAUUGACGCUUGCUGGUCAGGCGUUAUUUGCUGCUGGUGCUUAUAUAAAUGCCUUUUGGCUAAUGUUACUUGGAAGAUUCGUAUUUGGAAUUGGUGCUGAAUCAUUAGCUGUAGCUCAAAACAGCUAUGCUGUACUGUGGUUCAAAGGCAAAGAACUGAAUAUGGUUUUUGGACUGCAGCUAAGCUUUGCCAGAUUAGGCUCGGCUGUCAACUUUAAUGUUAUGGGAGAGGUUUAUGAGUACGUUUCAAAGACACUAGGAUACACGGGACCAAGUUGCAUUGGAAUCGUUUUGCUUCUUGCUGCACUCACUUGUCUUGGUUCAAUGAUUUGUGCUCUUUUCUUGGGCCUGAUGGACAGUCACGCAGAAAAAGUUUUAAAGCGCAAUGAAGGCCAAGAGCCAAAGAUUGUCAAAUUUACCGACGUCAAAGAUUUUAGGCCUAUUUUCUGGCUCGUUGCUGGAAUUUGCGUAUCUUAUUACAUUGCCAUAUUUCCGUUCAUCUCGUUAGGAAAAGUCUACUUCAUUCGUAAAUAUGCAUACGAUCCAGCAACAGCGAAUAAAGUGACUUCUCUGGUGUAUAGUAUUUCUGCGAUUGCAUCACCAAUAUUUGGUAUUUUAAUCGAUAAAUCAGGCCGUAACGUUCUUUGGGUGAUCUUGAGCAUAAUUGGUACACUGAUCGCUCAUGGUCUGCUUGCUUUUACCUAUUCCAACCCGUAUGUGUGCAUGGCACUCUUGGGACUGUCGUACUCGUUACUUGCGGGAGCUCUGUGGCCAUUGAUUUCCUUGGUCAUACCUGAACAUCAGCUUGGAUCUGCUUAUGGAAUGGCUCAAGCGCUUCAAAACUUUGGUCUAGCUGUAACAUCGAUGGGAUGUGGAAUGAUUGUUGACCACUACGGUUACUUUAUAUUGGAAUUGUUUUUCUUAGGAUGGCUUUGGGUAUCACUGAUCACUGCAGUAGUUAUCUGGAUAUGCGACUCGAAUUACACCGGCUACUUGAACAUGUCGCCCAAGCAACGCGAGCGUUUUGAGGGGAAUUCAGGUUUGCCAGAGCACACGGAGAGAGAAAAGUUACUAGCUGGAGGUGGAUCAACCUCGGAUUUGUCAGGUGACGAUCUGCUGCAGCCACAGUCGGACACACAAAUGAGAAAUCGCUACCUGUCACGAAUAGGUGCUGAGGUAACGGACGAUGAGACUGCGUGACACUCGCAUGCCCCUAGAUAGAUAGUCUUAAACGACAAUUUUGUUGGAACAUAUGUCUGAACACACUGUUUCCAACACGUAACAAGUACUACAUAUCGCGCUCUACGAUGAUGAUAUAAUGUAUUUUCUUACCCAAUUCACAACAAACGGAUAUUCUUAUAACUAUUGAUUUAGCGAAAUUUGUUUUCAUUAGAUAAAUUGUUGUCAUUGAUAUUAUUUGGUUGCAAUGUACCUGAAUAUCCUUGCGCUGAUGUGUGCCUGUACAUAUGCAUUUCAUUCCAAGUAAACUUAUAUUUGUCGCAUUUUAAUUUAUUGUAAAAAGAAAAAGUGGAACUCGCGAAAGAAAUACUAUGAAACAAGUUACCUAAACAUAAUUAGAAGUGAAGUAGAUGAAUAAUAAUUAGAUUUUAAAGAGAAGGAUCGCAGGGCCGAAAUGAGAUUAACGAAUCGACUAAGUAACAAUAAUUAUACGAGUCCGUUAUAAAAGAAAAUAUACAACUAUUGAUACAGUAGGUAUUGUAUGAAGAUUGGAGAGGCUUUUACAUGUGGGUUUAAAAAUUCAAGAAAUGAAUUUGCUAACUGUGUCUUCCUAUUGCACAGCAUAAUUAUGUAUCUGUGAUGUAUCAUUAGUUAAACGAGAAAAAAAAAGAAAACAAUAUUCAAAACGACACAGGAUAAGACAUGGUGCUUUUCGGCCAAAGCAUGUUUAGCCAAUUAUUAUAUAUAUAUACCUAUGUAUUAAAAAAGUAAACAAAGCGUCACAACAAAGAUCUGGGUCCAGAGAGGUCAUUUAUGUUUUAUAUUUAAAUAUAUGUAUGUGUUUAAAAGUCGUUGGUACAUUGUCCUUUUUUAAUGUGUGAUUGCGACUGAUCUUAUUAGCAUACUGUUUGUAAUGAUGAUAUUUAUAUGUUAAAAGCAUUUUAAUCACACUAAAUUUUGUUGUGUAUAGAUUAAUACUUGAGUGUGUUUUAACGUAAGUACGCUUAGCAAGAGACGAAAAACAAAUUUACAAAUUCAAAUGCAUAAUAGUAACAGUGUUACAUAACUAUUAAUUGAGCAAUGUUAAAUAGUAUAAUAUAUAAAUAUAUAAGAAGACAAUGAAUUCACAUAAUAUUAAAUAAAUGUUGCAUAUUAUUCAUA